UUACACCUUUCUUCCUUUUUUCUGUAAAUGACACACGUAUUAGUUCAUCAGCUCCUGAACACGUGAUCAUGUGGACGAUAAAGGGGUUCCAUUCCAGUGUGAAGCCUCCGUCCAGCAGAGAACAGCUCAUCAGUACAUCACCUCAGUGCUGGUGUCACCAUGGUAACCGUGUGGGUCCUGCUCCUCCUGCUCUCAGCUUCUUCUCCUCCAGUCCACAGUCUCCUCACUUCACUCCAUUUCAUUCCGGGUGACAUGAUUUACACUGAGGCUCGGGAAGCUUGCAGAGAAAAAUACACCGACCUCGUCACUGUGUACUCUGAUGAAGACACACUAACACUAAACACUAAACUGGUUAAACUGGUGAUGAAGACUGCUAUGGGUUACGGCUGGAUCGGACUCUAUCGUGGUCAGUUCAGUGAGAAAUGGUCUAAUGGUGAUCCUGUAACAUUCAGAAAUCUGACAGGGGAUUGUGGGACAUCAGACUGCUGUGCUGCUAUGAAGCCUGAUGGUUCAUGGGAAAGUCUUCAGUGCAGAGGGACAAGAUAUUUCAUGUGUUAUGAAGAAGAUGCUUCCUCACAGACUCCUAAUUAUCAUCUAAUCCCUGAGACUAAGACCUGGUAUGAAGCUCAGCAUUACUGCAGACAGAUAUACACUGACCUGGUCAGCAUCAGAGAUCAGCAGCACAAUGAAGAGGUGAAGAUUAAAGGGUUAAACAGCACCAUGUCCUUCUGGAUCGGCCUGCUGCAGGAUGACUGGCAGUGGACUGAUGGAGGAAACUCCACCUACAGAAACUGGGAGAGCGGUCAACCUUCAUCAUCACCAUCCGACUGUGUAAUACUGAGGAAGGAAGAAUUGAGAUGGUGCUCAGUCCCGUGCGAUAAUAUUCACUCUGCUCUGUGCUCCAACAUUUCCAUCCAUGUGAGUGAAGUGACUCUGAGCUGGGAGAAAGCUCUGGAUUACUGUCAGGAAGAGGACAGAGGUGGACUGCUGCAGAUUGAGUCUGAAGAUGACCAGAAGGAUGUGAUGAAAGAGCUUAAAAGGGGGCGUGUUUCUGAGCCUGUGUGGGUGGGGCUUAGACAGAGCCGACUCUUCGGGUUCUGGAUUUGGCCCGAUGGGAAGGCUGUGUUUCCGUACUCCAACUGGGACGAAGGGAAACAGCCUGAACAUCAGCUCUCUCAGCACUGCGGUGCCGUCGUUCCACAGAGAGACUACAGAUGGAGAGACAUGAACUGUCGGGCUCAGUACAGGGUUCUGUGUCACAGCACAUGUUCUCACUGAGCCACUACACUUCCCUGAUCAGUCAAGAACACUGAUACUUUAAACAUCUGAAU